CGCUCCCUCCCCCCACCCCCACCCAACUGUUAUACUCUCUGCCUUUCUCCCACCAAUUUUUCCUCCCCAUUCUGCCCCUGCCUCCGAGAUCUCCUUGCGCACAUCCUCCCCGUAAAUUACUCAACAUCCAGGGGCAGUUUCGGACAAUUCAACUGAAUCCAGCCUCUGUAUAAACCCCAAUUGUCGUCAUUUUCUCGAAAUUGCGGCGAUGCCCGGAAAGGAUUUCACUUUUGUUAAUUUAAAUGGAUCUUUGUAUUGAAUUGUUCGUUUAAAUUGUGAAUUGCAACUUAUCAUGAGGUCAUCGGCGAUUUUGCCGGAGAAUUCCGCCUCAGCCGCUGCUGCCCCGCCGCCGCCGCCACCGUCUUCGUCGCAGCUGGUGCCUCCACCUGUGGGCCCUGCUCACGAGACGAAUUCGAGGCAAAGCAAUGUAUUUAAAUUGUUAGCUCAAAGAGAGUUGUCUCCUCAGACAAAGAGAACUCCCAAAAAAUUUUGGGGGAAGGCAUCUAAUUGCCAUGUUGAUUCCUCUGGAAUGAAAACGGAACUAGCAAAAGAUGCGAGACAAGAACUUCGAUCAUGGGCGGAGGCAGAAUCCUUACUACAUUUAUCAGCCAAGUAUUGUCCCUUACUGCCUCCACCGAGGUCAACCAUUGCAGCAGCCUUUAGUCCUGAUGGAAAGACACUUGCUUCUACCCAUGGAGACCAUACGGUGAAGAUAAUCGAUUGUCCAACUGGAAAAUGCUUAAAAGUGCUGAGUGGGCAUCGGAGGACCCCUUGGGUGGUUAGGUUCCAUCCUCUUUAUCCUGAAGUUCUUGCAAGUGGAAGUUUAGACCAUGAAGUUCGAUUGUGGGAUGCAAAAACUGCAGAGUGUAUAGGAUCGCGUGAUUUUUACCGUCCUAUAGCUUCCAUUGCCUUCCAUGCCCAAGGGGAAAUCUUGGCUGUAGCAUCAGGCCACAAGCUCUAUAUAUGGCACUACAACAGGAGAGGGGAGGCUUCCUCACCAACAAUCAUACUGAAGACACGUCGUUCCCUCCGUGCUGUGCAUUUCCACCCGCAUGGUGCGCCGUUUCUUCUAACUGCUGAGGUCAAUGAUCUUGACUCAUCAGACCCUACAAUGACACUUGCAACUUCCCCUGGGUACUUGCGCUACCCGCCUCCUACUAUAUACCUGGCAGAUGCUCACUCCGCUUAUCGAUCAAAUUCAGGAAAUGAGUUGCCCAUCAUGUCUAUACCAUUUCUAAUCUGGCCUUCUAUUGGCAGAGGUGAUGCGAGUUUACUUGCCCAGCAGACGGAGGCGGACAUGACUAGUGUUCCACAACAGAGGGCGGAGUCUUCUGCCUCUGUGAGACUUUUCACAUAUUCUACUCCAUCUGGUCAAUACGAACUUGUAUUGUCUCCGAUCCAAUCUCCUGUUCGAGAAGAGCCUCAAAACAAUUCUUUGACAAGGGUAAUGGAGAAUGCUAUUCCUCAACCUGCUGUGGAUGCUAUGGAGACAGAUGGGCAAGCUGAAGAUAGAAACAAUCAAUUUUUUCCAUUUGGUGAUCCAGCAUAUUGGGAGCUUCCUUUUUUGCAAGGGUGGUUGAUUGGUCAAAGCCAAGCUGGCCAACGUGCAAUCCACUCACAAACUGGAGGUCCCGCUGAAGGUGUGUCUUCCUAUGGUGCAAUAGGGAACCCUUCACAGGUGGUUCCUCCAGUAAUUCCUAAUGUCGGUGACUCAAGAGUAGCUGGAAGAUCAGGUUCACGACACCGAUCUUCACGCUCCCGCACCAGACCAGCAACUGGAACCAGCGAUAAUGCUGCUUUUAACAGUAUUCCGCUUGAGCAAAAUAAUUCACAACCUUUUAUGAGCCAAGUCCAGUCUGAGGUAGCCACCUCUCUAGCUGCAGCUGCGGCUGCGGAGUUACCUUGCACGGUGAAGCUUAGAAUAUGGUCUCAUGAUGUGAAAAAUCCUUGUGUACCUCUUGACGCAGAACGCUGUCGCUUAACAAUCCCUCAUGCCGUACUUUGCAGUGAGAUGGGUGCCCAUUUUUCACCAUGCGGAAGAUUUUUAGCCGUUUGUGUGGCAUGUAUCCUGCCAAACGUCGAUGCUGACCCAGGCUUGCAAGGCCAUGUUCCGCAUGAUGUUACAGGGGCUUCUACAUCUCCAACAAGACAUCCAAUUUCAGCGCACCAAGUUAUGUAUGAAUUGAGGAUAUAUUCCCUCGAGGAGGCUACAUUUGGGUCUGUUCUAGCAUCUCGGGCGAUCAGAGCUGCUCAUUGUUUGACCUCAAUACAGUUCUCUCCUACCUCUGAACAUCUGUUACUAGCCUAUGGUAGGCGCCAUAGUUCGCUUCUUAAGAGUGUCGUGAUUGAUGGAGAUACAACUGUACCAAUUUACACAAUUCUGGAGAUUUACAGAGUUUCUGAUAUGGAACUUGUGAGGGUUCUUCCCAGUGCAGAAGAUGAGGUUAAUGUAGCUUGUUUCCAUCCUUCAGUUGGUGGUGGCUUUGUAUAUGGAACCAAGGAAGGAAAGCUUAGGAUUCUUCAGUGCGAUAUAUCCCAGGGCUUUAAAAAUGAUGGAUCCUGCGGUCCUGAUGACAACAUGUUUGAGGUUCAGACAAUUGCAUUGGAAGGCUGAUUAUCGUCAAGCAAAGGCAACGUGUUUGGCACUUUACAGCUUGAUGAUGGGGUGGAAGGGACCUGCAAUCAAUUGGCAAAGGCACUUUGCUAAGCAUAUAUGAAGUUAUGUCGACAUGGCAACUAGUCGAAACUGAUGGGGGAGAAAUUGCCUGCAUUUACAAAGUUGGGCAUUUCCGAGGUUUUCCUUUUUAGCGUUUCUUCAAUGAGCUGUGUACAGUCUUUGCUGCUACCAUUCCCAGUGCUAACUUGCAAAUAGGUCCAUGCUCGUUUGAAGCAUGCACUGAUGGAUAAACAGUUUGCAGCUAUAGUUGUUUGUUUAGAUUGCUACUCUGAUGGACCAAAGUUAUAGAUACUUAGCUCAGUUUCAUUUCCUAGAUAAACAGGGGAACUAUUUUCUUUGGCCUUCUUUCAUCACGGAUGGCCUUUGUUGUACAUUAGUGUACUUGGUUCCCAUGGAAAGAAACUCUUCUUUUUUUCUUUUUUUAUUUUUCUUUCUAAAAUUUAUGUUUUCAGGUUUUAUAUGGCUGUCUUGUUUUAUGAGACAUUUCAUAUGGUAGUUGCUGGUCUGAAAGAAUGAUUUUUGCAUUA